UUCAUCUCCUGCUCCGCAGCGGACUUUGGAUUCUGUGCUCAGAUCACUCCCGAACAGAAUAAGAGGAGCACCAUGGUGGGAACACCAUAUUGGAUGGCUCCGGAAGUCGUGACGCGCAAAGCCUACGGACCCAAAGUCGACAUCUGGUCCUUGGGCAUCAUGGCUAUCGAGAUGGUGGAAGGAGAACCGCCGUACCUCAACGAGAAUCCACUGAGGGCGCUCUACCUGAUUGCCACCAAUGGGACUCCAGAGUUGCAAAGUCCUGAAAAGUUGUCGCCCAUCUUCCGAGACUUUCUGAGUCGCUGUCUGGAGAUGGACGUGGAGAAGAGGGGUGGAAGCAAAGAGCUUUUGCAGCAUCCUUUCCUGAAGUUGGCCAAGCCUCUCUCGAGUCUCACUCCUCUGAUUUUGGCGGCCAAGGAAGCGAUGAAGAACAACCGCUAGCUGUUCCCACAAGCGCAGCGGACUGCUGAACACUCUCAAAAUCUGUGCCAGGUGUUUUUUUUACCAGUGUGUCAACAUAUCAAUGUUGCCAAAAAAAACUCCAAGCAUUUCAUUUGGGUCUUUGCCUGUUUUUAAACCUGUAUUGACUGCCGUGGUGUUGGGGGGCAUUAGAUGUUCUCCUCGUCCUCCUGCUCUCAUUAGAUUCUUGUGGGACUUUGUCUGUGUUUUAUGUAUGAACUCUUCCACUCUUUGGCUUCUCUAGACCUUGUAUGUUCCAUAAUUGGUGAGCAGAAUCAAUUAUGGUGAUUUCAAAUCCAGCUGGAGAUCUUUUUGUUAGUUUUUCCUGUAGCCAGAAUCACGACUGAAAACUGUGUAGCCUACUCCUGUUCUUGACCCGAAGGGAAGAGCACCUUACCGAUACACGCCAACUGCGAGCAGUGAAUGAUUUUUGUAGUCACUUGUGCCUUUGUGAUUCCAGCGAACAUCUUUAUACUCUGUCUGAAGGGGCAGGUUUUUGCCAUUAAACUUCCCCUAACCUGAGACGAAACUUUCAUGUGAUGAAAUGUGUAUAUGACAUACUUCGAAGAAGCGUAGCAUUUCAGUUGAUGUAGUUAACCAAAAGCAGGAUGCGUAGAUUAGAUAGUUGUAUGUUUGUGUACAUGAACACUUUUUUUUGUUUUGUUUUAGUAACUAACAGUUUAUUACGAAGUAAAUGCAGUUGUUGAGAAGUCAUGAUGUAAGAAUUGAUAACUAUUUUUAUGCUUUACAGUCACUUGUUUUGCAAGUAAAAGCCGGAUUCCUGCAAAUUUCUGUGAACAAUACAGUCAUUGCAACAUUGUGUA